GAUGAGACACAGCAUCCUUGCCAGUGCCACUGACCCACGCCUCCCCCUCCCCUCUGCUUUACCAUGGCCAUGCUAAAGACCCUGCCCAUCCUUAGUGACCUCAGCUCCCCCAACAAGGAAAACUUCCAGAGUUUUGCUCCCAGGCCAUCCCAACCCUUCUCCAGGAGCACCAUGGGCAGCGUGGGCAGUGGGGUGGCCAACGACCAAGAGUUUGCCAUGAAGAGCGUGGGCACCCGGACGCAGAGCGGCGGGCGGCAGGCAGAGGGGUCCCGAAACGGGUACCCCCCCCAUCACCCCCCUAGGGACAUACCCACCCGUUACUCGGGUGAGGAGAAGACCUACAAGGUGGAGAAGGUUUCCAACUCCUUGUAUCUCAACGGAGAGCUCCGGAAAGGAGAGAAGGUGAAGGUGGACAUCUGCGGGAACAUCACCCCCAACAACAACGAGAAGAACUCCUUGCCACCUCCCCAGUACAGAGAGCCCAACAACCCACCAAAGAUCCUGCCCAUCUCUGGAAAACUGGAGCAGAGCAAUGAGCCCUUAGUUAGACCCUCAGCCUUUAAACCAGUAGUUCCUAAAAACUUCCAUUCCAUGCAGAACCUCUGCCCGCCGCAGAGCAACGGGGCGGCGGAGAGCAGGAAAACCUUGACCCAAGCCAACAGCAAUAGCCCCACGGCCCCCAAAAACGGGCUGGAGAAGAGCAGCCUUAACAGGACUACAAACCAAGUAGGGGGGCUCUCAGAUUCGGGCCGUAACUCCUUAACCAGCUUGCCCACCUACGGGACGGGCUACAGCCAGCACGUGGGGCCCAUGAGCGCCUCCACCAGCCACAUCAACCGGAUCGGAACCGCCUACGUGGAGAAGAGCAUGGCGGGCUACAACGGGAUAUCUACCUCAGACAGCGGGAGGUCUUCGAGCAAGAGCACCUCCUCCUUCAACAGGCUCAACCAUCUCAACGAAACCAUGCCUUUCCACUCCCCUUCCACGGAUGACAUUAUCCAAGACCUGGAGGACCGGCUGUGGGAGAAGGAGCAGGAGGUGCUCCAAAUGAGGAGGAAUUUGGACAAAAGCGAAGCGGCCAUCUUCCAGGUGUUCGAGGAGAAGCAGAAGAUCUGGGAGAGGGAAAUGGAGGACCUGAGGCAAAACUACGCCAACAAACUGCAGCAGGUCUCCAAAAAGGCCCAGAGGGCUCAGCAAGCCUUGCAGCUCCAGAUCUUCAAGCUCCAGCAGGAGAAAAAAAAACUCCAGGAUGAAAUGGGGCAACUCCUCCAGCAGCGAGAGGAGCUGGAGAAGAAAUUCGUGGCUUUCAAGAAGGAACAGGCUGAGUUUCUGCCAAAGAUUGAAGAGACCAAGUGGGAGGUGUGCCAGAAGGCAGGUGAGAUCUCCUUGCUGAAGCAGCAGCUGAAGGACUCCCAGGCAGACGUCUCCCAGAAGCUGAACGAGAUCGUGGGGCUGCGGACGCAGCUGAAGGAAGGUAAGAACUUCCUCCGGGAAAAAGAGGAGCAGAUCCUCAACCUGAAGGACUCCUACAGCUCCAAGAGUGUCAACCUGGAGAUCUGCGAGGGCGAGCUGCAGAGGAAGAUGAGCGAGGUGCAAGUGCUGAAGGAAAAACUCAACCACUGUGAGCUGGAGGUCUCUGGGCUGAAGAGGACACUUGCCAGCAUGGGACCUCCGGGCCCUUUUGGUGGUGGGGACCUCGGGGAGAAGCUCCGAGACCCUCUGGCUUGUGAGAGUGAUGAAGCCAAGAUGCAGAGGCAGAGCGAGGACAGUGUCAACACGCUGAGGAAGGAGGUGGAGAGGCUCCAGACAGAGCUGAAGCUGGAGAGGCAGCAGCGGGAGCAGCAGGUGAUGGAUUUCCAGGAGGAGAGGAGGACGUGGCAAGAGGAGAAGGAGAAAGUCAUCAAGUACCAGAAGCAGCUGCAGCUGAACUACGUGGAGAUGUACCAGAAGAACCAGCUCCUGGAGCACAAGGUGAAUGAGAUGAACACCAAGGCUGCCAGCCCCCCACACACCGAGGAGAAAAAAACAUGGACCCCCUCGAGACUUGAGCGAAUAGAAUCCACUGAGAUCUGACCCACGAGAACACAACCUGAUUUGAUUUGAUUUGAUUUGAUUCAUUGCUGUGCAUGUACUACCUACUCAAGCCAGUGAUCUGAAGGAUUCCACACUACUGUAGGAGGGGGGAGAGGCUGCUCACACCCAGCUCCAUCACCCUCCCUCUGUCCUCCUGUGCUCUAUAGGUACCACAACUGUGGAUGUGCGUUGGUUUGCCAUCAAUAAUGCAACAUCUCCUUUAGGUUUUGGGUUGGUUUGUUUGUUUUUUCCCCUAGUCCAGCUGGUGAGGGUCAGCUGGCCCUUUCCUAACCUGCCCUGACUUCCUUUGGUAGAGGUUGCCACCCUUCUCCUGCAAUUCACCCUUCUUUGGUUGGUUGGUCUGGAGGGUUGUGGUUGCUUGCUUUGGUUUUUUCCAAGCAUUUCCUCGUGGCAAAUCAGUUCAAAGUGGCAGCUUUGGGGUUUUGUUUGGGGCUUUUAUUUUUGGUUUGGUGGUUUUUUUUCUUUUCAGAGCAUUUUUAGCCACAUUGGCUAACGAAGCAAAGCUCUGGAGAUGAUGAGCAAACUCCCUGCUCUGCUUCAAGCAUCCUGUCUAGACAGUGGUCUUAGUGAAGCCAGUGGGAGGCUGGCCACUGAUUCCAGUGAAACCAGACAUAUCUUUUCACAGAUCACUCCCUCUUGCCAGCCCGUGGCUACCAUGGAUCUUGCAAGAGGUUUGGGACAUCUUGAGGAGCAGGAUGAGCUCCAACCAGCAAGGAAUGAUCAUGCAGCAGGGUUUGACACUUGCUGUAUUUUCAUUUUGUUGUGGUUUCCUCCUGCUGUUCCACUUCUCUCCUGGCUUGGGACCAACCCUGGGACCAACCCUUCCCACCUCUGCCUAGGUCCCCAUAUUCUGACCAGAUACUCAAGCUGCCUACAGCAAGAAAAACUUGGAAUUCCAAGCUGGUUUCCUUUCCCAAGAGCCCAAAGUGGGUGGGAUCAAGGCUUGGGGGAGCCUCCCAAAGGAUGGGAUGGUGACACCAAUCCAAGCUCUUAGCAAUUUGCCCCAAGACUGGGCAGCUGGGUAACCUGUUCCCAAAGGAAUGAUGCUUGGAGCCUCUUGGUCCAAGGGCUUCUUCAAAGCUGGCACUGGAGCCUCUCCCAGGAGCUCCCAGCAUCGCUGCCAGGUGGCAAUGGGCUGAGCAUCCACCUCUUCCAACAUCACCCAGAGUGAUCCCAGCAGACAGCACAUAUCCACAGGACACAGAGAACCCCAGAAGUGACUCCUCAGCUCCUCAGCUCCUAUCUCCUGAAAGCAGCAGAAGAAGGGAAAAUGUUCAAUGUCACACAAGUGCUUAUGCCCUGGCAGGAGAACAACCAAAACUCUGCCCUGAACUCCCUGAGACUGGUGCAGGCAUCAAAGAACCCAGCAUUCAGCUUUUAAAAAGUGAGCAAGGUGGGGCUGGCUCUCCCUUUCAUAUUUUGUUUUUUACCAUGAUCUACGGUGAAGAGUU